GGGGCUCGGGAUUGGCUGGACCUCCAGGAAGGGGCGGUCUUGAUUCCCGGAAGGGGCGUGUCCUCCGGGCGGCGGCAAACUCCGCGGAGAGGCGGCUGGUGGGUCCAUGCUGCCGGCGGACAGCUCCCGCCGGCUGGUGGCCGAGCUGCGGGGCGCCCUGGACGCCUGCGCCGAGCGACAGCGGGAGCUGGAGCGGAGCCUGCGCGUCUCCCGGCGGCUGCUGCGGGCCUGGGACCCUGCCGAAACCCCGGCUCCGGAGCCGAGCCCAGGCCGAGCAAGCGAGGACCCAGCUGCAGGUAAACCCGCCUCUCCGGCGUCUCCUGCACACGGCGGGGCGGCCCCUCCGCGCACAGUGCGGGGACCACCGCCCGCUCCUGCUCUCCCACCACGCACACCCACACCCCAGGAACUCAAGGAGCUGGAACUCCUGACUCAGGCUUUGGAGAAGGCCGUUCGGGUGCGGAAAGACAUCUCCAAAGCCGGACAGAGAAGCAAGACCGCCAGCCUGAAGUCUGGGUCCCAGGCAGCCGCGCCAGCCCCCGCGACCGCUGUCCCGCCUGGGGCCUCAGGCCGUGCUGGCAGCCGGGCAGCAGAAACCAGGCCUUCCAGGGGCGGCUGCCGAGCCUCGGGGCCUGCCAGGACCAUGACUCCAGGGCCCCAGGCCACCAAGACUGGCCCUGGCCUCAGGGACCAACACGAACCCCCCUCGGCUGACCCUCACUCCCCAGAAGUCUUUAGGCUCAAGGAGAAGGGGACCCUGCUGCAGCUGCCCUCGGCCUAUAGGAAGGCGGCCUCCCUGAACACCCGCCUGUGGACACAGCUCAGCUCCACCUCGAUGGGUGAUGCCAGGGAUGCAGCCGCCGCCGCCAAGAACCGGUUCCUCCAGACACUGCAGGCAGCCCCUGCCAGCUCCACGCUCAGCGUUGCUGAGGUAGAGGCAGAGGUGGCGCGCCUGCGUGCGGCCUGCUCGCUGCUGAGGCUACGCCAGGAUGAGGUGUUGGCCGCAGACCCAGGGGACUGGAAGCAGGAGUACCGCCGCCUACUCACCCUGGAUGGGCUGGGGGCCAUGGCCACCGAGUGUCUUCAACGGCUGCAGGAUUUACGCACAGUAGUGGCGGAGCAGCAGCCGGAGCCCUGGCCUGAGGGGAGGCCCCCCGGAACCCCGCUGCCCUGUGGACCAGGGACGGACCCCCUCUGGCACCCGCAGCGCCUUCUCUACUCCAGCACCCGGGAGCUGCAGGCCCUGGCCGAUCUGCGCCUGCGCGUGGCCAUGCUGAAGCAACAGCUACACCUGCAGAAGGUCCUCAUGGCCGAGCUCCUCCCCCUGGUGUGUAGGACGGAGCCCCCGGAUCUGGCGCUUUGCCGGGCCGCACACAGCCUGCUCUGUGAGGGCGGCCAGCACUUCCUCUGCGUUCUGCGGGACGAAGCUGAGCCUGUGGACUGAACACUCCGCCACACACAGAGGUGCCUGGACGCCUCCCUUGAAACUCCGGGCCCUGCUCUGCAACAUUGCCCCCUGGGCACAGACUCCCUUCUCAGCAACCCCAGUCUCCACCCAAGGCCCAGGCAACACCACUCCAGAAAAGAACGAGUGUGACCGACCACCGGGGCCUCUGGGCUCUCUCCUCGUCUGCCUCUCAGGAAUACAGCCAGUGCACUUCACAA